AUGGAACCUCCCCACCCCCACAACUCAGCCCCUCAGGAUUGGACUCCAUCACAGAACUCCCUCCCAUCCCCCCACUUCAUCCCUCAGCGUGGGUCCCACCUUACCCCCCAAUUCAGCCUCUCAGCGCGGGACAACCAACGCUCCACCUCAGGCCCUCAGCGCGGGACCCCAGCCCCCACCUCAGCCCCUCAGCGCGAGAUCCCCCCCAACUCAGCGCCUCAGCGCGGGACCGACACUCCCCCACAUCAGCCCCUCAUUGCGGGACUCCCACUCCCACCUCGACCAGUCAGCGAGGGACACCCACCCCUUACCUCAGGCCCUCAGCGGGGGACCUCCCACACCCCCACUUCAGCCCCUCAACGCAAGACUCCCACCCCACCACCGCAGCCCCUCAGCGCCAGACUCUCACCCACCAAAUCAGCACCUAAGCGCGGGACCCUGCCCCCCACCUCAGUCCCUCAACGCGGGAACCGCAUCCAAAGCCUCAGCCCCUCAGCGCUGGACUCCCAACCCACCCACCUCAGCCGAGACUCCCAGACCCCACCUCAGCACGGGACUUCCACUUCAACUCAGCCCUUCAGCGCGGGACCCCCAAACCCCACUUCAACCCCUCAGCGCGGGACAACCACCCCUCCACCUCAGCUCCUCUGCCCAAAACCUCAGCCCCUCCGCGCUGGACUCCCAACCUGCCCACCUCACCCCUCAGCGCGGGACUUCCACCCCCCCACCUCAGGACCUCCGCGCGGGACCCCCACCCCCAACCCAACCCCUCAGCGCGACACUCCCAAACCCCCACCUCAGCCCUCAGCGCGGGACCCGCACCCCUUCAACUCAACCCUCAGUGCCAGACCCCAUACCCCACUUAAGCACCUCAGCGCGGGACCCCCACCCCUCACCUCCACCUCAGGGCCCCACAGAUGA